AUGGCCUGGCAUAGGCUGAUGUUUGCUGUCGGUGCCAUCUCAAUCUUUGCUGUGAUUGUGCGCUUCAUAUAUCGAGGAUAUCAACAACGGCGCUUUUAUCGGAAUUUGCCAGGCCCGCCUCACAGCUGGCUACUGGGCCAUCUCAAAGCAGUCGGUGAUGUAGCCGGGAUACUGCCUCCCAAUUGUCAUCCGCAAGCUUACUACACCGAGCUCGCACGGCGACACAAACUCGAUGGAAUUUUCUACCUCGACCUCUGGCCAAUCGGCCCUCCAAGCGUAAUCUUGACACGGCCUGAGUUGUGCGACCAGCCUGCCAUCAUCAAGUGCGCUGUUCGGCACCCUGUCGCGGACGACACACUCACGCCAGUGGUUGGCCACGGUGGCAUCGCAAACUCGAACGGGCCUUUGUGGAAGAAGUCGCACACCACGUUACUGCCGGCCUUCUCUUGGGCAAACAUCCGCUCCCUGGCGAGCUUGAUGGCUGAAGAGUGUAUGCCAUUUCGGAGUCUGCUGAGUAGGCUGUCUGAAACCGGGGAGGUAUUUUCCCUGGAAGAUGUAGCAGCGAAGCUUGUCUUCGAUAUCAUCUUUCGUAUCAUCUUCAACUUCCCCCUCAACGCUCAGACAGAUGGAAGCCAGGACCUUGAUGAUUUGCGAGAGUUGAUGGCGUUCGCGGAAAGCCAGAGCGACCCGGCUGUCAUGCUCAACCCGUUCGCCCGUUUGAAGAUUUGGUGGCGAAGGAAGAAGAUUUCCAAACAGCUUGACAUUUCAAUGACCAGGAAAAUCCGAGAACGCUUUGUGGCACUGCCUCAAGACGAAAGCAUAUCAUCCCGACGAAGUGCACAGUCCAUCUUGGACUUGAUGCUGCGCGAGCACCUCCCGACUCCAUCGGAAGCAAGCAAAAAACGACCAAAUGCUCGAAUUCUGUCAGAAGCUGAUGAGGCUGUGAUUCUUUCCAACAUCAAGAAUCUGCUCGUAGGAGGGCAUGGGACGACGACAGACACCAUUUGUUUUUCCUUUAUGCUUCUUUCUGAGGCGCCGGCGGUAGUCGAAACCAUGCUUCGGGAGCACAGAGAUGUCCUAGGAUCCGACGUUAACAGCAUCGUGAGCUCCAUUGCAAACAACCCAGAAAGGUUGCAGACGCUGCCAUACACCGAGGCUGUUAUCAAAGAGAUCUUGAGGCUAUUUCCCAUCGGAUUCACGCCAUAA